AUAGAAUCAACUAUUCACCAAAUCAAAUCAAAAUCCAUACGCAAAUAUGUGGAAGGUGAAGUUGCCCCAAUAUUAUCAGUUGCUACCCCUUAAGAUCAAGAAGAUAUUGCUAUAUCGGUUCCUAUUUGCCACAUUACUCUGCUCAUGGCUGGACUAUCAGAUGCUGACGAUUUUCGUAGCCAUCAAUUUGUUCGAGGUGAUGCGUCCACUGGUUUCCGUCACUGAAAUCCUGAGAUGGACUCUGUUUUCGGUGUAUUCCUCGGUACUAAUGUUGCUCAUACGAGUGAGCACGAUGGGAUUUGGUUUGGUAUUGUGCCACAUACAUUAUAACAAUCCCCGAUGCUUCAAAAAUAACAUUUUAAGAAUAACCUACGAGUUUCCUAUAAGGCUUGGGCUGAUUGCAUCGAUACUCUCUAUAACCAUGACUACCAGCUGGCUUUAUGCAUCCUUUGUGGACUUGAACAAUGGGAAUUACUUGCUAGGAGGAUCCUGGUAUUACCUCAUGACCUUUGGCUGCUUUUGUGGUAUUUCCUAUUACCAUAAGAGUCAGGGAAGAUGCCUUCGAAGAUUCCCAUUACCCAUUGUGCAUUUGGACAUAAAGAAGUGUCUGCUUCAAAUGUGGUGUCACCAAUUAAAGACUUCUGCUAAAGCAGCUAUCGUUCCAACUUUAUUAUUUACCGUCAUCUACUGGCCAACCAUGGGUUUCCUGGACACUACCGAAUUAGGCGGAGUGACCAUUGGAUGUUGUGUUAUUAUAACGCAACCUCAAAGACUUUUUCAAGCUUGGUUACUAGCCACACUGAUCCUGUUCAAACUAAAUAUCGUUCCGAAAUUUUAUGGCCUGGUUUUGCAGCGAAAACUAUCACUGAUUUGUGAUUUAAGAGCACUGCACAAGUGUACAGGUAUCAAUCUAUUUAAUCUGAUAUGGGACCGCUUUCAAUACUUUUUCUGCACAAUGCGUAUGAAACCAAUGCCCAAGGAUAUGCAACGCUAUACAUUUUCAAUACCAGUAGCAAUGGCUCUGGACACUACGGAAAUCUAUGGAUUUCAAUUGCUGGCAGCCCGUGAUUUUUAUGCCGCCAUGUCGGGUAGCUUGUACCUUGAUUUGUUUAAAAUGGAAAUUGGUCUAGGAAAUCGAAAUUGGAGAGAGUUACGCGACAUUAUACUGGAAAUGGUAGAUGCAUUUCUAGCCCGGAUGGAUUCCUGUUUGGAGCCGGCUACGCCCAUUAAGAUCUGUCAUUUGCUAAAGAACAAUAAACCCAAGUGUCCUCAAAUUCGUUUAUUGGUAAAACCGACUCCUCCGCCAAAACGUUUUUGUGUCCACAGCAUACGGAAAGGUUUAUGGUUUCGAUUGCCAAUUGUAUCGCAGUACUAUAGCUACUUGUACGACCUAGAUCCUCUGGCCAAUCUAAAUCAUGUGCUGCUGUGUGGGGAACCUCUUGUUUGGAUCCUUCAAGGACUCGUCAGCAUCUGCGUAAGACUCUUCAAGGAAGACAAAUUCGUCUACAUUGAAAGCGAUGUGGAUCGCAUUCUGGUGUAUUUAUUAAAGGUGGAGGAAAAGCUGAACGAGGCUAAGGAAAUGAAGGUGAGAGGAAAACUUUGCUCCAGCCAUGAUCGUUUUAUGAAGGCCAUAAACCGCUGUUUAUACAAAAUGCUGUUUACCUUUAGUCCAUAUAUGGACUACAUUUUCGACGACGAUAGGUUGAGGAAUACAUUUAGAAGGAGAAUGGAGUUGAUACCCUAAGUUUGUUUACAUUUCGCGUUUUU